AUGUCGUGGCUAUCGAUUCCUUCGGGCUCUCACUUCUCAAUCGCCAACAUCCCCUUUGGCGUCAUCUCCACCUCUUCAAACGCAUCCCCAAGACCAGCCAUUGCGAUCGGUGAUCAUGUUCUAGAUCUUGAUGCUUUUGCCCGCGGGGGAGGCUUUGAGGGAAGCUCAGACAUUCAGAAGCACGUCGACGUCUUCUCGCAACCUGCCCUCAAUGCCUUUGCCGCCCUAGGUCGCCCGUUUCAUCGCGCUGUUCGCAGCUACCUCCAGGAAGUCUUUGCCAAGGAUAGCAAGCAUGCGGCAGUGUUGAAGGACAACCAGAAGCUUCAAGAUGCAUCUCUCUUGAAGCGAUCAGAUGUGACGAACCAUUUGCCGCUCACGAUUGGUGACUACACCGACUUCUAUGCUGGCAAGAACCACGCCUACAAUGUCGGCGUUCUCUUCCGUGGACCUGCCAACGCCCUUCAGCCUAACUAUACGCAUCUCCCCGUCGCUUAUCACGGAAGAGCCAGCAGCGUGGUUCCAUCCGGUACACCAAUUCGACGACCAUGGGGUCAAAUCCUUCGAGCCGGUAACAAGACCCCCGAUCUCGCCCCUUGCGAGAGGCUCGAUCUUGAGCUGGAGAUGGGCAUGUUCAUCUGCCGCGAGAACACACUCGGAAGCCCUGUUCCUGUCGAUGAGGCUGAAGAGCACAUCUUUGGUUACGUGCUCAUGAAUGACUGGAGUGCACGAGACAUUCAGGCCUGGGAGUAUGUGCCGCUUGGCCCCUUUACCGCCAAGAACCUGGGUACGAGCAUCAGUCCUUGGGUUGUGUUGGCCGAUGCUCUUGAGGGAGCCAAGGGACCUGGCAUCAAGAACGACAACGAGCUUCUGCCUUACCUGAAGCAAAAGGUGCAGGACAAUGUGCUGGGCAUUGAUCUUGAGGUGGAUCUUAUUACUGCCGCCGGAAACAAGACGACAAUCAGCCGAACCAACUCCAAGAACCUCCUCUGGUCAUGGCCACAGAUGAUCGCCCACCACACCAUCACCGGCUGCAACCUCCGACCAGGUGACUUGUUCGGCUCAGGCACAAUCUCUGGUACCGAGUCUGGCACUGAAGGAAGCAUCCUGGAACAGACCCAGGGCGGCAAGGUUCCUAUUCAACUCAGCGGUGGCGAAGAACGCAAGUUCUUGCAAGAUGGUGAUACCUUGGUCAUUCGAGGUUCCUUUGGAAGUGGUGAUUCCGUGGUAGGAUUCGGCGAGGUUUCUGGCACUGUUCAGCCUCCACUGCCUUUGUUCAAGUAA